AUGCCGCAUUCCAAUGUUGAAGGACCCUUGGUGAAGCGCCAAAAGGUGACUUCCUCCAGCAAGGCAGCCAGGGGCGCAGAUUCUUCCCGAAUAUUUGCACCUUUCAGGACUGUAGGUCUCGUGUCUCCUACCCAGGUCCCCUUCACAUCCCUGCCCCUCGGAAAGACGAGCUUUCAGAUCACCACUUCUGUUGGACGAUCCCUACAGACCUACGACUUGCGCCGCGGCCUGAACCUCGUUUUUGUCAGCCAACCGCAAACUCCGGCCGACAUCACAGCAACCUUUGCCUGGAAGGAAAAGGUCUUCGCAGCAUGGGGAACGUCAGGAACCGAUUCCCCGAAGGGUAUCUGGGUGUUCCAGCGAGGAAAGAAGGUGGAUGAGUUGGAACUACCAUCGGACAUCACCCAGCCAAUUCAACAGAUUCUUGUCCUGGGAACUUGGAUUGUCGCCUGUGCUACAACCCGAAUUGAAGUUUUCAAGACGGCUACAUUAGAGCACUACACCACUAUUCAUACUGUUACCGCUCCGGGUGGUGGAAACGAGAUCACCGGCGGCGUAACGAGCAUGCCAACCUUCCUCAACAAGAUUUUCGUCGGUCGCAAGGAUGGGUGGGUAGAGAUUUGGAAUUUGAGCACCGGGAAGCUCAUUUAUACGAUUCUACCACCCUCUCCCGACUCAGGCGCUGUCACUUGUCUCGAGCCGACUCCCGCCUUAUCUCUUAUGGCAAUCGCCUACUCCCACGGCCAACUCAUCAUUACCAAUGUUCUCACAGACAAAGUCGUGCUUCAAGUUGAAGCAGGUAGCUCUGAACACCCUGUUAACAGCAUCUCCUUCAGAACCGACGGUAUGGGAGCCGGCCAAGAUGGGAGGAAGGAUGGUGUCAUGGCAACAGCGACCCCUUCCUCUGGAGAUAUUACAUUCUGGGAUCUCAAUGGUGGCGGGCGUGUCAUGGGAGUUCUCCGAAGCGCACAUAACCCCCCUGCCUCAGACGGCCCGUUUGUCAGUGGAGGCGUCAGCCGGGUCGAGUUCCUAUCAGGUCAACCUGUCAUCGUGACAAGCGGGCAAGACAACUCUCUCAAGUCGUGGAUCUUUGAUGCAACGCCAUUUUCGCCAAUUCCCAGAAUACUUCAUUCUCGAAGUGGCCACGCCGGCCCUAUCAACUGUCUCCAGUUCCUCCCCAGCGAUUUCGACGGCGCUGAUGCUGGAAACAAGUGGCUCUUGAGUGGAGGUCAAGACAGAAGCUUAUGGGGCUGGAGUUUGAGGCGCGAUGGCCAGAGCUCGGAGCUCAGUCAGGGUAAUAUCAGGAAGAAGGCAAAGAAAAUCGGCAUCUUGGCCACGAAUGCUUUGGCUCACGGACCGACAACAACGCUCGAGGAUCUCAAAGCUCCUCAAAUCACUUGUAUCGCUUCCUCCCUUAACCGAGACGGAGGUAUAGGUGCACUUCCUGGGAAACAACCAAUUUGGCAAAAGGAUCUAAGCCAAAAGAAGGCCGAAAGUGCUGAAAUAAGUGGCAUGACGGGCUGGGAAAGCGUUGUCACCGCUCACAAGAAUGAUACACACGCAAGAACCUGGUUCUGGGGCAGGAAGCGCGCAGGUAGAUGGGCCUUCCCGACAAGCGACAGUACCAAUGUUUCUACCGUUGCCAUCUCCCCCUGCGGCACCUUUGCAUUAGUGGGUUCUGAAGCGGGUGCCAUCGACAUGUACAAUCUCCAGUCCGGUGUUCAUCGGCAACGUUUCCCUUCCAAGCUGACGCCAGCGCAAGCCCGCCAAUUGAGGAUACAGCAGAUGAAGCAGGCCGAUGAUGUGGUAAGACUUCAAGGAAGCCCUCAGAAGUUCUCUGCCGGUACAGGCAAACACACCAAAGCGGUCACGGGUAUCAUUGUUGACUCAAUGAACAAGAUGGUCAUAUCCUGCUCGGAAGACGGAAAGGUCAAGUUCUGGGACUUCCUCACGGGCAAUCUCGUUGAACAGAUUGACUGGACCUUGACCUGCUUUCCCACUGCAGCCAGAUACCACCCCGGCAGUAAUCUGAUAGCAUUUUCUUGUAGCAACAUGUCUAUCAAGGUGGUAGACAUGGAAACGAAAAAGGUCAUUCGUGAGUUCUGGGGUCCCCAAGAUAUGAUCAAUGACUUUUGUUUCUCUCACGACGGUCGCUGGGUCAUUGCAGCGUCCCAGGACCAAGUUGUUCGCGUGUGGGAUCUUCCUACCAGUCACCUGAUCGAUGCGAUUCGCCUUGAGAAACCAUGCAAGGCACUCUCUAUGUCUUCAUCUGGAGAGUAUUUGGCCGCAACAAUCGAGGAUCAGCUGGGUGUCACAAUUUGGACCAACAAGUCCUUAUUCAAGCACGUGCCCACAAGACAGAUAUCUGAGAACGAAGUUGGUCAGACAGAAAUGCCUACUGUUUCUGGGUCUGGCAACGGCGGUCUUUUGGCUGGCGCCUUCGAAGAAGAGGAGACAGAAGGAGAUAAUGCAGUUUUGGCGCCCACCAUUGAGCAACUCAGCUCAGAACUGACUACACUGAGUUUGGUACCCAAAGCAAGAUGGCAAACUCUUCUCCAUCUAGAUCUUAUCAAGGCACGAAACAAGCCAAAGGAAGCACCCAAGCUGCCAGAAAAGGCACCAUUUUUCCUGACCUCUGGCGCGAGCGAUGCCAAUGCUCAAGACAAGAACGAAGACCUUUCCAAGUCUCGUAUUACCAAACUUGACAAAGAACGCUUUGAGGAGCUCUUUACGACCAAGCUGCGAGCUGGGGCCGCAACCGGAAAUUAUGAUGAUUUCAUCGAACACCUAAAGUCCCUUUCACCGUCAAGUGCCGAUCUUGAGCUUCGGUCGUUGUCCGUAGGAAAAGGGGACGAUGCCUCCAACGAGCUCUUGCAUUUCAUCCGCGCCCUGACAGCCAGGCUGCGAAUUCGGCGUGAUUACGAGCUUAAUCAAGUUUGGAUGACCGUGUUUCUCCGACUGCAUUCCGACCUAGUCAUGGGCAGCGAGGCCUUGCUGUCAGCGUUACAGGAAUGGAGGUCAUAUCAAGAGCAGGAAUGUAAGCGACUGGAUGAUUUGGUUGGAUAUUGCAGCGGAGUAGUCGGUUUCCUUCGAAGUCCUCGUACAUAG